AUGUCGCCCACCUACACCAUGUCUGCACAUCUGUGCAAGCAGAUCUACGCCUCCUGGCGCGAAACCCGUCCCUCGCCCUCCAACAUGCCCUCUCCCGGCGUUCAGGCACCCAACAUGACCUCCUACUUCCCUCGAAGCCCUUCUCCGGAGAAGCGCUCCAUGGACAGCGACCGCAGCGACGCUGGCGUGCCCAUGUCAAGAUCUCCAUCGAACUCCUCGUGGCGUGGCCCCAAAUAA